GUCUUGUUUUUGACCAUGCGAAUGCUUUCGAUUUGUUGCAGGAGCGACACCUGGUAAAGUGAAAAAGUGAAUAAAGAGAAACAAUGUCUAGCAAAGAGGCGGCGGGUCGCGGGUCGCGCGCCAGCCCAGCGCCUCGGAGCGGCACCCAAUCCGCCAGCUACAUCUCGAGCACGGCGGGCUCGAAAGUGCCGGUGCGGUCCACGACGUCCGCCGGAGCGGCCACCACUACGGCCAAGGCGCCCGAGCCCGACAAUAACGGCAGCAGUGGCGGCGGCGGCGCCAGCAGCAGCAGCAGCAGCGAGGAAGCCGUGAGCCUGUCGCGCAUUCUCAGCAAACCCGUGCGGGAACCGAGUUUCUUCCUCGGAGUGGGCACGUCAACGGGCAGCGGCAGUGGGCGACUGUCGGACGGUGCAGUGCCGCCUUCGACCGCCAAUGCGGGAGACAAUGCCAAUGGACAUGGCGGGGUGUUGCCGCCGCCCGGGGUGCCGGACGACUACUUGUACUUCAAGAAUGUCGUGCCGCAGUUGAAACGGGACCUGAAAGAGCGCGACAUUCGGAUCGCUGGGCUGGAGCUCGAAUGCAACGAGCUCAAGCGACAUCUCAAGAGGCAGGAUGUGGAGAAGAUGAGUCUGGCACGUGAAGUUCACAAACUGAAGACGCCGUUGUUCAGUGCAACCACGUACCCGUCCAUGGCCCCUUCUUAG